AUAGAUGGCAGAAAUGCUAAACAUGAAAACUCAUUAUAACAUGAGUGCUUCUAACUGGGAGAUGGCAUUAUCAUUGAGUCGAAAGUUGUUAAGUGCAGAAGACCAAGAAAAGGUGCCGAAAGAUUUCUACACUGCUAAGAAAAUGAUAAAUGUGCUCGGACUUGGAUACAAGAAAAUUGAUGUUUGCAUUAAUGAUUGUUUCUUAUAUUAUGAUGAGCAAAGCAAGAAUUUAAAUGCUUGUCUGGUGUGUGGAGAAUCUCGUUAUGAACUGAGGAAUAUGGCUGUGGUGAGGCAGAAAGCAGUUCCAAGAAGAUCGUUGUGGUACCUUUCAAUUACCCCAAGACUACAACGGCUACACAUGUUUAGGAAAAUGGCGGAGCACAUGACAUGGCAUUUGAAAUGCAAUGAUGAUUCCGAUGAAGUUAUUCAUCCUGUAGGUAGUCAAGCAUGGAAGCACUUUGAGGAAACGUACCCAACAUUUGCCGCAGAACCUAGAAAUGUUAGACUUGGGUUGUGCAUAGAUGGUUUCAAUCCGUUUGGCCCCUCUGCAUCAGCUUACUCUUGUUGGCCUGUUUUCCUUACAGUUUAUAACCUUUCGCCUGAAUUGUGCAUGAAUUUGAAGCGUAUAUUCCUGUCCAUGAUAAUUGUUGGACCUAAAAGUCCAGGGAAAAACAUUGAUGUUCUGCUUAGGCCAUUAAUUGAUGAACUUAAUCAAUUAUGGACAAAUGGGGUUGAAACUUAUGACAGUUUUAGAAAACAGAAUUUUAUCAUGAAAGCUGCACUGUUGUGGAUUGUAAGUGAUUUUCUAGGGUAUGGCAUGUUGUCUGGAUGGAGUACACAUGGGAGCUUUAAAACCCAAUGCUACAUAUGUUCUUACUCGAGACCAACGAGCUCUUGUUUGUCAGUGGCUGAAGGAUUUGAGAUUCCCAAAUGGCGUCUCUUGCCAAUUGCUUUUCGUGAUCUCCUUAUAGAUGCAGUUUGGGGUCCUUUAACUGAUGUUAGCAACUUCUUCAUAGCUUUAUGUGCUUUGAUUAUUCAAGUUAGUAACAUGGAGAUGUGGGAGGAAAAAAUUGUGGAGACCAUUUGCAAGUUAGAGAAAGCAUUUCCUCCAACAUUUUUGGAUUCAAUGGAGCAGUUGGCAAUCCAUCUACCAUACGAGGCAAAAGUUGGAGGCCUUGUCCAAUUUCGUUGGAUGUACCCUUUUGAGAGGAAAGGGUGGUAUGCUGCUUGUAAGAUUAGGGCAAGAGCGAUAAUUGACACUUCAUCUCUGAGUAAUUGUGUAAAUAAUUAUUAUCAGGAUGAUGAUCCUCCUAUGCCGCAAUUAGUGCAACCCUCAACUAUUGUGGAUGAUCAUGUUCCGCUAGCAUCUUCGGGAGAAGAACGAGUGGUUAUUAGUGAGGACUUGCAAUUAUCUUAUUCGACUGAAUGAUGAGGAAGAGGACGAGUUUGAGGGGACAGAAACACCAGAAGAAGAAGUUCCAGAUUACUUAACCGAGAGUGAUAGUGAUUAGCUGUAUUUUGUUUGAUCUUUUUCUUGAACUGAACAAAUGAUAGAUGACCAUUUAUAUUUUGUUUGUGUUACUAAAGUAUGACAUAUUCU